GCCGGCGUCAAACAAAGCUCCAUGUGCAAGAAGAGAAACAACCGAAGCGGAGGAAGUUUGGUUUUUGUUUCUAGUUAGUCAUGAAAACACAUAAAAACAUAAACCUGGAGGUGGAGAAGUUUGUUCUGAAGUCGAGUUGUUCGGUUUCGAGCUGAAGAACUGAAGCUUCCGGGAAGAAGAAUAAAGAAGAAGAGGACGAAAGGAGAGAAAAAUAAAAGUUCUGGUGUUUAAAAAUUAAAGUCCGGUGGAGCUGGAGGGGAGAAAAGUUUGUGUUUUUAAAGGAUGUGUCUUUGUACCUCAGUGUGACGAACGAAACAGAUGAGCGAGGAAAAGAUGGAGAGAGAGAGUCAUGAAAGGAGAGAGGAGGAGGAGAGGACAGUACAAACUUCAUCCAGGAGGAGAGAAGAAGAAGAACAGGAGGAGGAGGAGGAGGAGGAAGAGGAACUAGAGAGGUUGAGGGUGAAAGACUUCAGAUACAAAGCGCAGAGAGAGCUGAUUGGUGGACACACUCCGAUCUCCGCCUCCUCCUCCUUCACAUCCUCCCCUUUCCUCUCCUCCUCUCUACACCGAGGAGGAGGAGGAGCAGGAGGUGAGGAUGAUGGGGAGGAAGACGAGGUCAGAGUAACCAUAGUCACCAUCGAGGACGAAUCCUGUCCGUCUGAGCCUUUUGGCACCACCCAACUUGAAACAGCCAAUCAGAUCACACGGACAGAGGACGGAGGAGACAAAGUGAAGCAAGAAGAAGAGCAGGGGGAGGAGAAGGAGGGUGAGAUGGAGGAGGAAAUAGAAGAGGAGGAGGUGGCAAACAGUGAUGAAAGAGAGGAGGAAGAGGAGGAGGAGGAGGAGAACGCAGAGGUGACGUCACCAUCGCUGCACCUGCAGAGCCAGAUGAAGAGGAAGUUGGAUCAUGGUCCGGACGGCCGGCCGUUCCCCUCAGGGAAGAAGCACUGCAAAGGCAACGGGUACCUCAGUCCUUCCAGUCUGGUUCCGGCCACGCCCACCACAUUCGGUGACCUGCGGCUGGCCAAUGGGCAUUCGGCUCAGAGACGGCGGGUCACCUCGGGUCCGCCCCCUUCUGGCCUGCAGGACUGGCUUCACAUGUUCCAGACGUGGAGCGGUCCCGAGAGGCUAUUGGCUCUGGACGAGUUGAUUGACAGGUGUGAGACCAAUCAGGUGAAGCACAUGAUGCAGGUCAUCGAGCCCCAGUUCCAGAGAGACUUCAUCUCCCUGCUGCCCAAAGAGCUGGCUCUGUACGUGCUGACCUUCCUGGCUCCCAGAGACCUGCUGCAGGCCGCUCAGACCUGCAGGUACUGGAGGAUCCUGGCUGAAGACAACCUGCUGUGGAGGGAGAAGUGCCGCGAGGAAGGUAUCUCGGAGUGCGCGUCUUACCAUCGCAGGAAGUGUGCGAGGCCGAGCGUGGCGGUCAGUCCGUGGAAAUCGGCCUACAUUCGACAACACCGCAUCGAGAACAACUGGAGGGACGGGGACACACGGGAGCCCAUGGUGCUGAAAGGUCACGACGAUCACGUGAUCACCUGCCUGCAGUUCAGCGGUGACCUGAUCGUCAGCGGCUCCGAUGACAACACACUCAAAGUCUGGUCAGCCAUCACCGGCAAGUGUCUGCGGACGCUGACGGGUCACACCGGCGGGGUGUGGUGCAGUCAGAUGGCGGUCGCCACGGUGAUCAGCGGCUCCACCGACCGGACGCUGCGCGUGUGGGACGCCGAGAGCGGAGAGUGCGUCCACACGCUGUACGGACACACGUCCACUGUGCGCUGCAUGCAUCUCCACGGCAACCGGGUAGUGUCGGGCUCUCGGGACACGACGCUGCGAGUGUGGGACGUGUCGACGGGUCGCUGCGAGCACGUGCUGACGGGCCACGUGGCGGCGGUUCGCUGCGUCCAGUACGACGGCCGCCGCGUCGUGUCGGGCGGAUACGACUACAUGGUGAAGGUGUGGGACCCCGAGACGGAGGCGUGUCUGCACACACUGCAGGGACACACCAACAGGGUGUACUCGCUACAGUUUGACGGCGUCUUCGUCGUGAGCGGCUCAUUGGACACGUCGAUCAGAGUGUGGGACGCAGAGACAGGUGGGUGUGUCCACACGUUGACCGGCCACCAAUCGCUGACCAGCGGCAUGGAGCUACGAGACAACAUCCUGGUGUCCGGGAACGCCGACUCCACGGUGCGAGUGUGGGACGUCCGGACGGGACAGUGUCUCCACACGCUGCAAGGUCCUAACAAGCACCAGUCGGCGGUGACAUGCCUGCAGUUCUGCCGAGGUCUGGUCCUGUCCAGCUCCGAUGAUGGGACGGUCAAACUAUGGGACCUGAGGACUGGGGCCUGGGUGAGGGACGUGGUGGCGCUGCAGAGCCGGGGAUCAGGUGGUGUGGUGUGGCGAAUCAGGGCGUCCGACACUCGGCUGGUGUGCGCUGCCGGCAGCAGGAACGGGACAGAGGAAACCAAACUGCUGGUGCUUGACUUCGACCUGGACGACAAGAAGAAAGAGACGGACUGAAGCGGGAGGGGAGGGGGCGACGUGACGUCGUCAAGUAGAAACAAAAGAGCAGCAGACAACAGCCACACAAACAGACAGGUAUGAAUGUUGCAACACGUCCUGAUUGGCUGGCUGAGACAGGUGAACAAGAUAUCUGCUGCAGCCUGGGAAAAACCAACAAGGACGGGCCACUAAAAACCUGGUGGGACGACCUCAGCCUUGCGGGAGAUGCGGCGACAGAUGAAUGUUUGACGCCGUGACGGACAAAAACAUGGAUGUAAACGGCUUCUACGACAAGGAACGAAUGUCCGAUGGACAGAUGUCUUCAACAAACGUGGACAAAUCCUAAGACAUUAUGAUGGUGGUUGAAUGUAACCAAAUUGGGGGGGGGGUGGGGGGGUCGAGGGCAUUGAGGGCAUUGACUUUUAUUGCUGCUGAACCAAUGAGGACGUCGCUGUUUAAACCAACCAAUCCAAAUGAACCAAAUCUCAAUGGCUGGAGACACACGGGCGACUUUUAAAGACGACGUUGAAAUGAAUGUGAACAGUCGACACAACCUCAUAUUUAGUCAGUAUUGUUUUCGUACCAGCAGCCGUUUUAUCAGAGUGUUUGUUUCUCCGUUGCCUCUGAACGUAGCUCGAGUGUCUCGGCCCUGCAGUACUGUAACAUGUAGAGGGAGCUGUUGCUUCAGCUGGGGAAUUUUGGGGAAUAAAAGUUGUUGUUUUUUUCCAUCCAGAAAAGAGGGAGGACUAAACGACAAACCUGUGUAAUCCAGCUACAGCCGGAGCCUCACAUCUUCAACAGUCCAAACACCUGAAACGUGACACAAUAAUAUUCAGUCAGAUAUGAAAAAGAAAAGGAGGAAACUGAAUCUUAUGAGCAACUACUUUGUAAAUACACUGAAUUUAUAGCAUUAAAAUAUUUAAACACACACAGUUUAUGUGGUUUGAAAUUUCCACAGGGUAAUGCUAAUUUUUAAAAAAUGUCACAGUUUAUAAAGAAUGUGUUUUGUCCCUUCUUUGCUUCCAUAGACACCUGUGAGUUUCACUCAGUAAAUCCUUCUCUGAAUGGUCACUUCACAUGUUUUCAUCAGCUCAUGAAAUAUUAAAAAAGAAAGAAAUAAUUAAAAAAAACAACUCUUACCAGAUAUUAAUCUGAUCAGCUGCCGUUGCCAGGCAACACCUCCAGCCAAUAAGCAGAGAUUUGGGCGAUAUUUCCCCCAGCAACAAGUGGUAUUUCAGGCGGUGUCUUUCUGGGAAACUUGACCUUUGCAGGUGUGAGGCUGCGGCGCGCUGGCGCUGUCCUGAUCCUGUAAUCAUGUAAAUGACUGUAAAUACAAAGAGGAUGUAAAUAUUCAGCUUUUUAUAAGACGAAAACAGAAAAUAUUGUCACGGUGGAAUGAGAGAAGAACAGGAUGGAUGGAUGAAUAUGGAUCAAUAAAGAUGAGUUUUAUAAAAA